AUGGCGCGACGAUCGACUGCCCAGUCCCUUGCCGCAGCCUCAUUGCUAUUGCUGCUGACAUACCAUCUGCGCCGCUUCUCUUGCAGCGCAUUCUCGUACCCCAGGGCGCAUGAUCUUCUUUGCCAUCGCGGUCCCUCGCGCUUCUUCCUCGACACGGCAUCCACUGAGCAGUGGUCAGAGCUGCUUCCCCUGGGCAUCUUUCACGGCAUCACCACCAAUCCCACGAUCUUGGAACGGUGCAACGUCCCCUGCACUGUGGCAUCUGUGCAGUCGCUGGCGUCCAACGCGCUCGACGUCACGGAUGAGUUCAUGUGCCAGAGUUGGGGGGGCGAUGCCGACAUGAUGUACUCCAUUGGGAUGGAGUUGAGCUCCGUCGAUCGGACGAGGGUUGUGGUGAAGUGCCCGGUGACGGCGGAGGGCACCAAGGCCGCAUCGCGACUGAUUGGCAGUGGUGUGCGGGUGUGCCUGACGGCCUGCUACAGCAAGAACCAGGCCUUGGUGGCCGCCGCCUGCGGGGCCGAGUACAUUGCCCCAUAUCUGGGACGGAUGACCGAUGCCGGGAGGGACGGGCUGAGUGAGUGUCGAUCGAUGCAGUCCAUCGUAAAAGGCAUGGGCAGCAGUACGCGGAUCUUGGUGGCAAGUAUCCGGAAGGUGGAGGACAUGUGCACGCUGGCCUGCUGCGGGUGCGACACGUUCACCUUCUCCCCAGACGUUGCCAGGGCGAUGUUUGCGGAGGAGCUGACGGCAGUUGCCGCGAAGGACUUCGAGGAUGCCGCGCUCAGGAACAAAGGCGCCAAGUCCGAUGAGAAGUGA